AUGGAGCUGCCUUGGAGACUAGCCCUGUUUGUCCUCCUCAGUGCUCCGUGCUGGGGCUUCGGCUGGGACAGAGAUUUCAUUUCAGCUGCCGGCCCUCUGACCAGUGACCUGCUGUGGAACCUGAGCGGGACCCAGGAAAGCCAGGAUUCUAAUGCGGGGGCCGGGGACCAAGACCAGAACAUUUAUGUGUGCCCCCAGCCACUGCCAACCUUCCUGCCGGAGUACUUUCGAAAUCUUCGUGCCCGUGAGGUCACCCACUAUAAAGUCUACCUGCCCUGGGCGCAGCUUGUGCCGGCUGGGGGCCCCGAGACCCCGGCGGGGCGCACAGUGCAGUGCUACCGGCGCCUGCUGCAGGCCCUGGGGGCGGCGGAUCUGCAGCCCCUGGUCAUCCUGCACCAGGGCGCCCUCCCGGCCAGCAUCCGCCACCGAGCAGGCAGCCUUGCUGACCUCUUCGCUGACUACGCGGCAUUCGCCUUCCAGUCCUUUGGGGACCUUGUUGGGAUCUGGUUCACGUUCAGUGACUUGGACGAGGUGAUAAAGGAGCUUCCCCUCCAGUCGAGAGCUUCGCGACUCCAGGUCGUCUCUGCCGCCCACAGAAAAGCCUAUGAGAGUUACCAUGAACGAUAUGCAGCUCAGGGUGGAAAAUUGUCCAUGGUCCUGCGAGCUGAAGCCAUCUGGGAGCUCCUGCUAGAACCUUCCACAUCUGCACUGGUCAAGGAGACGGUCGAUUUCUUGUCUCUCGAUUUGUCUUCUGAAUGCCAAAGCGAAGCAAGCUUCUCUCAGCAGCUGAGUAAACUGCAGACUUUUGUGCCAAAAGUGCAAGUUUUUAUCUUCAGUCUGAAACUCCAGGACUGCCCCUCUGCCGGAAAGAGCCCAGCCAGCUGGCUCUUCAGUCUUCGCAAAGCCAUCAGUGAGGAUUCAGUGCUCGUCAUUGGGUGUGAUGUGAAUACAUUCUUGAGCUAUUCAUCAAAUUCUUCAGAAAGUAUGUCUCGUUCUCUGACAGACAGCCUGAGCCUUCAGACACCUCUGGGAUGUGACUCUGAGAUGGCAGCAGGCAGUUCCAUCUCGCACUCGGCCUAUCUUCGUGUCUGGGAAGCAUUUUCAAACCAGUCCAGGGCCCAGAGGGAUGCAUUUCUGAGGGAUGCUUUUCCUCAGAGCUUUCUCUGGGGCGUCUCCACGGGAGCCUUUAAUGUGGAAGGAGGCUGGGCCGAGGACGGCAGGGGACCAAGCAUCUGGGACCACUGGUCUUUCCAGAAUGCCACUGAGAGUCACGCAACACCAGAGGUAGCCAGCAACAGUUACCGCAAGGUGGACGCUGAUGUGGCCCUGCUCCGUGGCCUCCGGGCACAGGUGUACAAAUUCUCCAUCUCCUGGUCCCGCAUCUUCCCCACGGGGCGUGGACGCCCCAACCCCAAAGGUCUUGCCUACUACAACAAGCUGAUUGACAGCAUGCUGGCCUCUCACGUGCAACCCAUGGCCACGCUGUUUCACUGGGACCUGCCUCAGGCCUUGCAGCAGGGCGGCGGGUGGCAGAAUGAGAGCAUAGUGGAUGCCUUUCUGGACUACGCUGACUUCUGCUUCUCCACGUUUGGGGACCGGGUGAAGCUGUGGGUGACCUUCCAUGAGCCGUGGGUGAUGAGCUAUGCUGGCUACGGCACUGGACAGCACCCACCAGGCAUCUCGGACCCAGGGGUGGCCUCCUUUAAGGUGACUCACUUGGUCCUCAAGGCCCAUGCCUGCGCUUGGCACCGCUACAACACGCACCAUCGUCCACAGCAGCAGGGACAGGUGGGUAUUGUGCUGAACUCAGACUGGGCCGAACCCCUGUCCCCAGACAGACCCGAGGACCUACAAGCCUCUGAGCGGUUCUUGCACUUCAUGCUGGGCUGGUUUGCACACCCCAUCUUUGUGGACGGAGACUACCCGGCUGCUCUGAGGGCCCACAUCCAACAGGUGAACCAACGAUGUCUCCAUCCCGUGGCUCAGCUCCCUGAGUUCACUGAAGCAGAGAAGCAGCUUUUGAAAGGCUCUGCUGAUUUCCUCGGCCUGUCCCAUUACACAUCCCGCCUUGUCAGCCAGGCCCAGGGAGAUACAUGUGUCUGCAGCUACGAUACUAUUGGCGGCUUCUCCCAGCACAUAGACCCUGCCUGGCCCCAAACCUCAUCUCCUUGGAUUCGUGUGGUACCCUGGGGUAUAAGGAGGCUGUUGCGUUUCGUAUCCUUGGAAUACACAAGAGGAAAAGUUCCCAUCUACCUGGCUGGGAACGGCAUGCCCACGGGGGACAGUGAAGAUCUUGAUGAUUCCUUGAGGAUGGACUACUUCAGUCAGUAUAUCAACGAAGUGCUCAAGGCUGUUAAGGAGGAUUCAGUGGAUGUUCGAUCGUACAUUGCUCGUUCCCUCAUCGACGGCUUUGAAGGGCCCCCUGGUCACAGCCAGAGGUUUGGCCUGUAUUACGUCAACUUCACCGACAGCAACCGCCCAAGGACUCCCAGGAAAUCUGCCUCCUUUUUCACCAGAAUCAUUGAAAAGAACGGUUUCCCCACACAGGUGGCACAAAGACAGCCACCACCCAGUUCGGCCAAGGUCCCCCCUAAACCCAGACCCUUCACGUCCCCCUCCCCGGUGCCUUCCCAGGCCAAAGCAGUCUGGGAAAAGUUCUCCAACCAACCCAAAUUUGAAAGAGACUUAUUCUACCACGGCACCUUCCAGGACGGCUUCCUGUGGGGCGUGUCAUCAUCCGCCUACCAGGUGGAGGGCGCCUGGGACGCUGAUGGCAAGGGUCCCAGCAUCUGGGACACCUUCACACACUCGCCAACCAGCCAGGUGAAGAACAACGCCACUGGCGACGUGGCCUGUGACAGCUACCACCAGCUGGACGCCGACCUGAGCCUGCUGCGGGCCCUGAAGGUCACGUCCUACCGCUUCUCCCUCUCCUGGCCUCGCCUGUUCCCCACGGGCAGGAACAGCUCCAUCAACAGAGCCGGCGUGGACUAUUACAACAGGCUCAUCAACGGGCUGGUGGCCAGCAACAUCUCGGCCAUGGUGACCCUGUACCACUGGGACCUGCCCCAGGCCCUGCAGGACACCGGAGGCUGGGAGAACCCUGCUUUGGUCGAUCUGUUUAACAGCUACGCCGACUUCUGUUUCCAGACCUUCGGGGACAGGGUGAAGUUCUGGAUCACCUUUAACGACCCCACCAGCCAGGCCUGGCUGGGGUAUGGGGCAGGGCUUUUCCCCCCGAAUGUGAAGGACCCCGGCUGGACUCCGUACCGGAUCGGCCACGCCAUCAUCAAAGCCCACGCCAGGGCGUAUCACACCUACGAUGAGAAGUACAGGGGGACGCAGCAGGGGGUGGUGUCGCUGGGCCUCAGCGCCUACUGGGCAGAGCCCAGGUCCCCGGGCGUCCCCAGAGAUGUGGAGGCCGCGGAGCGGAUGCUGCAGUUCUCCCUGGGCUGGUUCGCGCACCCCAUCUUCCGCAACGGAGACUACCCCGAGGCCAUGAAGUGGACCGUGGGCAACAGGAGCGAGCUGCAGGGCCUGGACGCCUCCCGCCUGCCCAGCUUCUCCGCGGCCGAGCAGCGCUCCAUCCGGGCCACGGCGGACGUGUUCUGCCUCAACACCUACUCCACCCGGCUCGUGGGCCACCGCACGCCCCCGCUGAAGCCCCCCUCCUACGAAAACGACCCCGAGGUGCACGUGGAGGAGGACCCCUCGUGGCCCGCCACGGCCCGGGAUCGCGCGGCCGCCUGGGGGCUGCGUAGGCUCCUCAACUGGAUCCGGGAGGAGUACGGGGACAUCCCGGUGUACAUCACCGAGAACGGCGUGGGGCUGGCCAACCCCAGGGUGCAGGACACCGACAGGACGUUUUACCACAAGACCUACAUCAACGAGGCUUUGAAGGCCUACAGGCUCGAUGGCGUGGACGUCCGCGGGUAUUCGGCACAGUCCCUGAUGGACAGCUUUGAGUGGCUGGACGGCUACACAGUCAGGUCCGGGCUGUACCAUGUGGACUUCAACGACAGGAACAGGCCUCGGACAUCCAGGGCCUCCACCAGGUACUACACGGAGGUCAUCACCAACAACGGCAUGCCGCUGCCCCAGGAGAACAGCUUCGUCUAUGGCACGUUCCCCAAAGGCUUCAUCUGGAGUGCGGCGUCCGCGGCCUACCAGGUCGAAGGUGCAUGGAGAGCCGAUGGCAAAGGACUCAGUAUCUGGGACACCUUCUCUCACACCCCACUGAAGGUUGGGAAUGAUGACACCGGAGAUGUGGCCUGUGACAGUUACCACAAGAUUUCGGAGGAUGUGGUGGCCCUGCGGAGACUAGGGGUGUCCCACUAUCGCUUCUCUGUGUCCUGGUCUCGAAUCCUCCCAGACGGAACCACCAAGUACAUCAACGAAGCUGGACUCAACUACUACGAGCGGCUCAUUGAUGCGCUGCUGGCUGCCAACAUCCAGCCCCAGGUGACCAUUUAUCACUGGGACCUGCCCCAGGCGCUGCAGAAUGUUGGCGGCUGGGAGAAUGAGUCCAUCGUGCAGUGGUUUACAGAGUAUGCCAACGUGCUCUUCCAGCGGCUGGGGCACAAGGUCAAGUUCUGGAUCACAGUGAAUGAGCCCUUUGUCAUCGCAAACCAGGGCCAUGGCUAUGGGACAGCGGCUCCAGGAAUCUUCAAACCCGCUACUGCCCCCUACAUUGUGGGCCACAACCUAAUUAAGGCUCAUGCAGAGACCUGGCACCUGUACAAUGACAAGUACCGCGCCAGUCAAGGUGGCAUCAUCUCCAUCACCAUCAACAGCGACUGGGCUGAGCCCCGAGACCCCACCAACCAGGAGGACGUGGAGGCAGCCAGGAGAUACGUUCAGUUCAUGGGAGGCUGGUUUGCACAUCCUAUCUUCAAGAACGGAGAUUACAAUGAGGUGAUGAAGACCCGGAUCCGUGACAAGAGCUUGGCUGCUGGUCUCAACAGAUCUCGGCUCCCCGAGUUCACGGAGAGUGAGAAGAGGCGGAUCAACGGCACGUUUGACUUCUUUGGUUUGAAUCACUACACCACUGUCCUGGCCUACAACUUGAAUUCUCAGAUCCCCUCCUUUGAUUCAGACAGAGGAGUUGCUUCUAUCUCAGAUCGCUCUUGGCCAGACUCUGGCUCUUUCUGGUUGAAGAUGACACCUUUUGGCUUCAGAAAGAUCCUGAAUUGGAUAAAGGAGGAAUACAAGAACCCUCCAAUUUACAUCACAGAGAAUGGAGUGUCCCAGCGGGGGGAAGUGGAGUUCAACGACACUGCAAGAAUCUACUACCUCCACAGUUACAUCAACGAGGCCCUCAAAGCUGUUCAGGACAAGGUGGACCUUCGAGGAUAUACAGUUUGGAGUGUGAUGGACAACCUUGAGUGGGCCACAGGCUACACAGAGAGAUUUGGUCUGCAUUUUGUGAACCGAACUGACUCUUCCCUGCCAAGAAUCCCCAAAGAGUCUGCCAAAUUCUAUGCAUCGAUAGUCCGAUGCAACGGCUUCCCUGACCCUCACAUGGGACCACACCCUUGUCUCCAGCCAGAUGUUGGCCCCACUGUCAGCCCUUCAAGAGAAGGGGGAGUUCCAUUCCUGGGUCUGACACUGGAUACGACAGAAGCCCAGACUGCUUUGUACACCCUCUUCUCCUUCGUGCUUCUUGGAGUCUGUGCUGUGGGAAUUCUGCUGUACAAGUACUGCAAUCACUCCAAGCAAGAGGAAACACAAGCAGGCCAACAAGAACUGAGCCCAGUUUCUUCAUUCUGA